GAGCUACAUACAUGCGCAAGUGCUAGACGUAGCCGCCAUGUUAUGACCAGUGGGCAGUUACACAAUUAAAGAAAAGUUGAAAGGUUGUUUCAAAGCGAGUGACAGCUGCCAAAGCUUUCAUUUUUGGGCCAACUAACAGAUGGCACUACAGUCUUCUGAAAACGUCACUAUAAGGCGUCUGUCCCACCCCUGGCUUAAAUUCUCUUUGGUACUUGUCUAACACUAAACGACAAACGUAAACAAAGGCAAUUAAUAAAAAUUAUUUAGGGUUUAAGUUUAUAUAUUUGUAUUUAAAAUGAGAAACGUAAUUUCCAAUGCAUUAUCCAGAAGAGUUGUCGUAACAGGCCUUGGCAUAGUUUCGCCUUUAGGUGUAGGAAAAGAGAUUGCUUGGAAUAAAUUAAUACAGGGUCAAUCUGGUAUUGUUUCUUUGGGAGAUGAAUAUUCCAAAUUGCCUUGUAGAAUAGCUGGUGUAAUCCCUAAAAAUGACAGUGUAGAAAAGUUUUUGUCAAAAGCAAACUUAAAACAAAUGGCCCCUGCAACGUGCUUAGCUCUUAAGGCCACAUCUGAGGCAUUAUCUGAUGCAAAAUGGUUACCACAGUCAGAUUUAGACAGAGAAAAUACAGGCGUUGCUCUUGGAAUGGGAAUGAUUGAUCUUAAAGAUGUGUGUGAUACAAAUGUAGCCUUACAACUUGGAUAUAACAAAGUGAGCCCAUUCUUUGUACCAAGAAUAUUACCAAAUAUGGCUGCAGGUCAUAUUAGUAUAAAAUAUGGAUUGAGAGGUCCUAAUCAUUCUGUAUCUACUGCUUGUGCAACAGGUGCCCAUUCAAUAGGUGAUGCAUUUAGGUUUAUAAGAAAUGGAGAUGCUGAUGUUAUGGUUUGUGGAGGUGCAGAGUCUUGCAUUAGUCCAUUAGCAAUAGCUGGUUUUUGUCGACUAAGAGCUUUAAGUACAUCUUUCAAUGAUAAACCUAGUAAAGCAUCUAGACCAUUUGACAAAAAUAGAGAUGGAUUUGUUAUGGGUGAAGGUUCUGCAGUGUUAGUUUUAGAAGAAUAUGAGCAUGCACAAAGAAGAAAUGCAAAAAUAUAUGCUGAAAUAUUGGGAUAUGGCUUAUCAGGUGAUGCUUCUCACAUAACAACACCUAGAGAAGAUGGAAGUGGAGCAAUUUUGUCAAUGAGUAGAGCUUUAAAGGAUGCAAAUGUAGAUAAAGAUGUAAUAACAUAUGUAAAUGCCCAUGCAACAUCUACUCCAGUUGGAGAUAAUAUUGAAUCAACUGCUAUAAGAACUUUGUUCAAAAAACAUUGUGCGGAAGUAAAUGUAUCAUCCACUAAAGGUGCCCACGGCCACUUACUAGGAGCUGCUGGGAAUUUAGAAGUCGUAUUUACAGUUUUAUCAAUAUAUCAUGGCAUAUUACCUCCUACAAUCAAUUUAGAACAUCCAAUUGAUGAUUUAAAUUAUGUUGCAAAUACACAGAGGAUAUGGAAUAACACUAAGAGAGUGGCCUUAAAAAACUCAUUUGGGUUUGGAGGAACAAACGCAACAUUAUGUAUAGCUAACAUAGAGGUUAAGAAAUAAAAUAUUUUAUUUGCAUCAUAUUAUAUUUAAAACUGAAUUACAAAUGUAUUUUCCUGAUUUAUAACAAAGGCAAAAUGGCCAAUUAUUCAACAUGCUAUAAGCCUUUCUUAAUGAAAUUAAAUCAGGGUUAACCACAUCAAGUAAAAGCAAUUAAAAUAAUAUAUUUUGAUCAAAAAUUGCUACUAUAUUUUAUUACAAAGCUGUCUAUUAAUUUAAUAGUAAAUAUUUGAUAAAUGCUGGUUUUUAUCCAGUUAAGUUAUGAGUAAUAUGAUAUAAACAAUAAUUGGAAUCAUUCAAACAUGCACAUGACUUAAAAUAGCCAUUUCAGUUCAUAUAAUAUGUAUUUCACAUUAGCCAUUCUAGAAGCACCUUUGUCUUAACUAUUAAACAUCUCUAUCAAUUAUUGUUCUCUAACAAUUGUCAAAUGUGAUCAGGGUGUAAACACAUAAAAAAUUAUAUAAAUGUUAAAAAUAAAUAAAUAUUGACAAUAAUGUUCUAAUAAUCACA